AUGCUUCAGGCAGGCAAAAGUAGUUCAGGUUCUGACACAGAAACUUAUCAUUUUCGACUUUUUUUUUUCUUUUUCGCCACCCCGGUUCUGUCUAACCAGGAUGAGACAGGAGCUUAUCUCAUCGAUAGAGAUCCCACAUAUUUUGGUCCAAUACUGAACUACCUCCGACAUGGGAAACUUAUCAUAAACAAGGAGCUUGCAGAAGAAGGGGUACUGGAAGAAGCUGAGUUUUACAAUAUCGCCUCUCUUGUGCGACUGGUGAAGGAACGGAUACGGGAUAAUGAGAACAGAACCUCUCAAGGACCCGUGAAGCACGUGUACAGAGUCCUGCAGUGCCAAGAGGAAGAGCUCACACAGAUGGUGUCCACUAUGUCUGAUGGGUGGAAAUUCGAACAGGUACUUUUACCAAAGAGCUUGUUUCUAACCCUCAGCAGAAUUCCUGCGAAAGCAGCAU